AUGUCGACUCUGGGCAACAAGCUGCGAAACAGGCUGUCCGGUUCGCACAGGCGUGCUUCUCGGACAGGACUCACGCCCGAGCCCGACACGAAAGAGAACAUUCAACCUCUCACGCCGUCGCACUCGCAGUCACAGUCACAAGCCGACGGCGACAAAGCAUCGGUAAAAGUUCCAAAAGUUCUGGUGAAUGGGGCAAGCGCAUCCGAAGCUUUGGAAUCGACCAAUACGCAUACAUCGGCAGAAACGGCAGCGAGGCCUGAAUUGCAAGAUCGUUUGGACUCGACCAUCUCUGCGGCCGCCAGUGCUGCUACUGCGAGCACCAUCAGCACUGGGGAACCUCCGGCAGAGAUUAGCACGACUGUCACUACAGAAGUAGUGCGUCCUGGCACUCAAGCGGGCGAAGCAGAUGUUGUGAAAGAGGAAACGCUGUCUCAGAGCCACACCACCCAAGUCACGCACCUCAACGCUUCAGACGUCAAGCACGAAGUCGGCAAGGAUGGUUCGAUCGUGCUGAAACCGCUUGAAGCGGCGUCGUCCCGCCACAAAAAGCGAGGCAAAAAGAUUCGCGCUUUGGUCACCUUUGUCCCUCGUGAAUCCAAGUUUGACCGGUACAACGCCGAGUCGGCAGGAGAUCCCUUCCGCGGCUUCUAUGUGCUCUUCUGGAUCUCCCUCUUCCUGCUCAUGCUGGACACGUUCUACACCUCUUGGGCAUCCACUGGACAAUUCAUCUCCUUGGCUUUCGCGACUCUUUUCAGCAAAGAUGCGGGUGUGCUAGUCUUGAGCGAUGCAGCUCUGGUCGGAAGCACCUUCAUAUGCGUCCCUUUUGCAAUCAUGCUCAAGCGAGGUUGGUUCAGCUACUGGCCUUCUUUGAUCUGGCUCCAACACGCCUGGCAGAGCGUGCUCCUGGGCGGGGUUAUCAAGUGGACCCAGUAUCGGGACUGGCCAUGGGUUCAAUCGGGCUUCAUGACGCUGCACACGCUCAGCAUGAUGAUGAAGGUGCAUUCCUACUGCGCCGUCAAUGGCGCCAUGGCCGACUCCUUCUGGAAAAUGCGUCGAGUGGAACGUCAGCUGGAAGAGAGAGUUGCUGAGAUUGCCAGAGAUGCUGCGCCACAUGAAAGCACUCGCAUCUCGCAAGAAGCGUGGAACGUGGCGCUUGCGGAGGCCUCAAAAUCCCAAGCGGGUACAAAUGGGUACGGCGUCAAUGGCAUCAAAGCGGAGAGAGUGGAGGACUCGGCGGCAGCGUCUGCAUCGCUCUCUGCAGCAGACGAGAACGUCUGGGCAAGUCUGGAGGCUCAGCGAGGCUCUUCGAGGCUCAGGCAUAGUAAUAAUGCCAGCGUGCUCAAGAGGCGAACAACCAGCGGCCCUACAAGUCCCGGUUCUCACUCGUCGCAAGCGCCUGUCGGCAGCAAAGGCGGCGCAGCGGGAGAUACAACCACUGUGAGGGAUCCUCACCCCCUCGCGUUCCACCCUGACCCGGUUGUCAGCAAGCUUGCCAAAGACAUUGAAGAGUUGCGCGAGGAGCUGCUUUCUAGCGAUCCUGACGAGUCUGGCGAGCACGUCUCUUGGCCGCAGAACGUAACCUUUCGCAACUUUUUCGACUAUCUCUGCUGCCCCACGCUGGUGUACGAGCUCUCUUAUCCUCGUGUUAAAACCAUUCGCCCCUCCUACCUGCUUGAAAAGGCUCUAGCAGGCGUGGGCACGUUUUGCGUCAUCUACGUCAUCACAGAACACUGGAUCAUGCCCCAUCAACCUGCAGCGGGAACCUCGCUCGCCAAGACCUUUUUCGCCUUGGCCGUACCCAUGCUCGUCAACUACCUUCUCAUCUUCUUCGUCAUGUUCGAAUGCGCCCUGGCGUUCGCUGGGGAAGCGACGCGAUUUGCUGAUCGAGAAUUCUACUUGGACUGGUGGAACAGUCGAAGCAUGGAUGAGUUCAGUCGAAAGUGGAACAAGCCCGUGCACACCUUUCUCCUCCGGCAUGUGUACGCCCACUCGAUAACUGCGGGCGUAAGCAAACAGUUGGCGCUAUUCCUGACCUUUUUGCUCUCUGCACUUCUUCACGAGCUCGUCAUGGCCAUCGUCAGCGGCAAGAUACGGGGCUACCUGUUUGCCAUGCAGAUGGCGCAGAUUCCUCUGAUCGCCAUCAGCCAGAUACCCUGGGUCAAACAGAGACCUACCCUCGGCAACGCCUUCUUCUGGAUAUCCCUCGCCAUCGGCUUUGUCACCCUCGACAUUUGCUACAUUAUGUACUGA